AUGGUGCAGAGGCACCAGUUUGCGAGGUAUGAAGUGCAUGGUGGCGAGCUGAAGUUGCAGAGGUUCCAGAAGCACGCAGACUCCCCAGCUCAUCAGAUAGCAGCGCGUGCUUUCUCGAAGGGCGUGGGCAAGGAGGGUGCAGAGUGCACGGAGCCAUCAUUGUUAGAUGAUGAUGGCGGUGCGCCCAGUUUCCUAGAAUGGAAGCAGGUGCUUCACGAACCCAAAUUGCAUGCAGUGAACUCAGUGGCCGCUACGGGGAAGUGUCGAAUGAUGCGCUGGUGCAUAACCACUGCACAUCGCCGUGCCUUGAAACAGAAGAUGCGGGAUGCCUUGUGCAUAUCCAUUCAGCAGGAUAUGCGAGGAAAUAGGUUCUUGCUGCGGCUUCGCUGCGUCACAGACAGUUUAGAGAUUUUGACUGGGACUAUAGGAUUGAAGAAGCAUGCUGGAAGCGUGCAAGCUCCGGGGUCAGAUGGCUUGCGAGAGGCGACAAUGUCGUGCAUCAAAGCUUUUUGUUGCAAAGAGGUGCCGCCCAACUAUGGUGGUUUGCGGGUUAAGAAUCCAGACCGGGAGCCAGAGCUGGACCUGCAGUUCUGUCACAUGCUUUGCGGCCGCAUCGAAGCAUUUGCCGCCGACAGCGCUGCCGAUGAGCAGUUGGCAGCACGAGAGCUGCAGGGCGGGCUUUUGGCAGGUCCUGCCGUCCCCCGACUUCAGGAAGAGUUGACCCAAUUCCUCAGCAGCUUGAAGUCGUUCCUCAAGAGCUGCGUUGUGGAAUUUAUGGAGAAGCAGCACAGCAUCGCGAAGAUCAUAACCUUCAAACCCGCCAUAAAGCAAUUGUAUGAAGAUUUCAGAGCCAAGCUUCCAGACGCUCCUUGUGGCAAGGACCUCCGAUAUGCUCCCCAGCGAUACGCUUCGGAAAGCGUGACAUUAUUGCGCAUAUGCAUUAGUUUCGAGGCCGUCCUUGCAACCCUGUCGUGCGUUCCAGACGUGCGCAGUGCCAGCUCAGACGAGGGCGCUGCGUGCUUGCACACCCUUCAGUGGCUGGAUACGGAAAAGUGCCUUCAGCUUGGGAUGCUCGGGGGUAGGCUUUGGAAGUCCAGCGCUUGGUGGAGAUUGCGGACCAGAACGAAGAGGAUAUCAUCGAGUUCCCGUUUCACUUGGAGCACUUCCGGCAGGUCUUGGGCAAGCUCUUUGUUGAAGGCAUGUGCUUGCAAAUUCCUUGUUUGA